AUGGCAGCCGUGGAAAUUGAACAACCAUCUUCGCCAGCAAAUGUUCUCACACUCGAAACUACGUUACCGAAAACUGAUACCGACAACCACUCAUUCUCAUCGACCUCGACUGACCGCAAAACAUCCUCGUCAACAUCGAGCAGCAAGGACCCGACUAAGCGCAUCCGUUACAGUGCCCGCACUCCUCAGACCAUGACUAUAUCCCCAACAGAGACCAAUGCCUCGCAAUCGAAAAAGGCGAAACGUCGAAGUUUCAGCUUCUUCAAAAGCAACUCCAAAGGCGAAAAGAAAAAGGACUCAUCCGAGAAGCUUAACCGAUCAUCCGAUACACGUAGACUAACCAAGAGCCAAACCGCCGAGAAAAGAAUCAAGCGUCGUAGUUUUCUGGAAAUAUUUCAAAGUUCAUCCGAGUCCGAGAUCGAACCCGAUAAUUCCUCGAGCCCAUUUUCGGAUUCAAAGUCUAAACGACGCAGUCUAAUGUCAGAGUCGUAUAAGGAUGAGGAUCGAACACGCAAUAAUCGUGCAAAGAACAGAUUAUCAUUGAACCUGGACUUGUUCACGUCUAAAAGUUCGACGCGAGGAAUUCCCGGUGAAACUUCCACUUCUAUCGGAAUCCCGUCUUUUCUUACCAAUAGUCUCUCGAUUAUUUCGGCCCCUACUUCGCCGGCUACCGAGAGACCAAAAAGUAUUCUAAAAAGGUCUUUGAGUCAAGGACAAAGAAUUUAUAAAAACGUCGAGAAUGCAGUCAAGGGCAACAGUUACAAGAAUGAAUUGGGUGAUAGCGAGGUAAAUACCCCGGCUACGUCACUUGCGGAAGCGGAUGUUGGAGAAAACGAUCAAGAUAAUGAUUUCGCUGCUGACAAAGAUCAGGGUAAAGGAGAAACCCAAGACGAAAAUAAAGAUAGAGAAAACAACAUAGAAAAUAAAGGCCAAAAUCAAAAAGAAUUCGAUUCUUCGAAUGUAGACCAUCCCAACUUAUUAUCACCUCCACUCUCGCCAUCCUUACCCCCGCCGCCACCAACGACGCCGACACCCCAACCGCUAACGACUUCCCUUAAUGCUAUACCGAUCCUCAAAUUUACCGAGGCGUUUGCGGAAUCACCAGUAGAUAGAGAAUUCGUAAUUAGAAACGCUAAUAGUAGCACGACGGGUUAUGAAAAAUUAUUAAAGAAAAAGGACUCGGAGGCCUCUGACGACACUUUAUUCCAAUCCCAACGUACGGAGUCACCAUCGCAAUACUCUUACGAAUCUCUGUUGAUUCGACAACUUAAUCUUGCCGAAAGAAUGGAAGCAACUUUACGUCGAUUGGAAGAUAAAUUUGGCGAGACGGAUAAGCGAGAAGAUCUAGACGAGACUGUACUCUCAAAGACAGUGGAACGUGAACAACGCAAAGAUGAUGCUCGCACAGAUGAGUUGACGGUUGCAGUUGACAUGCAAGAAAAGGUCAAAAAUCUGGAAACGCAACUCAGCGAGCAGAAAGCAGAAUUGGAUGUAUUGAGAGAGGUUGUGCUUGAUUUGUGCGUGUCUUUGGGAUUGGAAGAGCGAUCAAACCAACAACUUUUAAUUACGGGGGGCGACCUGUCUUCGUACGAUCCCUCGAAUUUAUCUCUAAUUCACUCUCGCUUAACAGGCUCUUUUCCUCCCCAUCAGAAACAAUCUCAAUCUACGACGAGCAUCCUAGUAAAUUCAUUGGUGGUUAAGCCGGUUGCAGCGACUAUGAUCGGUGCAAAGAAGGGCGAUAAGAUGAAAAAGACCGAAUCUGCGUUUGGCCUGGGGAGAGGGAGCUGA